AUGCGGACCAGGCUUCCCCCAGCGCUUGCCGCCCUGGGCGCGGCCCUGCUGCUGUCUUCCAUUGAGGCAGAAGUUGACCCACCUUCAGACUUGAAUUUUAAAAUAAAAGAUGAAAAUACUGUUCAUAUGUCAUGGGCAAAACCAGCUGAUCCAAUUGUGGGUUACAGAAUAACAGUGGACUCUACAACAGAUGGGCCUAGUAAAGAAUUUACCCUUGCAGCUAGUACCACUGAAACUUUAUUAAAAGACCUUAUACCUGAAAUAGAGUAUGUGGUGACAAUCACUUCAUAUGAUGAAGUAGAAGAGAGUGUACCAGUUAUAGGACAAUUAACAAUUCAAACAGGUGGCCCAACAAAGCCAGGGGAGAAGAAACCUGGAAAACCAGAGAUACAAAAAUGCUCUGUCAGUGCCUGGACUGAUCUGGUGUUCCUCGUGGAUGGCUCAUGGAGUGUGGGAAGAAAUAAUUUUAAGUACAUUUUAGACUUUAUUGCUGCUCUUGUGUCCGCUUUUGACAUCGGAGAAGAGAAGACAAGGGUUGGAGUUGUUCAGUACAGCUCUGAUACCAGGACUGAAUUUAACUUAAGUCAAUACUACCAAAGGGAUGAGCUUCUUGCUGCAAUUAAAAAAAUUCCAUACAAAGGUGGCAACACAAUGACAGGGGAUGCCAUUGAUUACUUAAUUAAAAAUACUUUCACGGAAUCUGCUGGAGCGAGAGUUGGCUUUCCUAAAGUGGCAAUUAUUAUUACGGAUGGCAAGUCCCAGGAUGAAGUGGAAAUUCCAGCAAGAGAGCUUCGGAGUAUUGGGGUUGAAGUUUUCUCUUUGGGCAUUAAAGCUGCAGAUGCAAAAGAACUCAAACAAAUCGCCUCCACGCCUUCAUUAAACCAUGUUUUCAACGUGGCCAACUUUGAUGCAAUUGUGGAUAUUCAGAAUGAGAUCAUCUCUCAGGUGUGCUCAGGUGUUGAUGAACAGCUUGGUGAAUUGGUUAGUGGAGAGGAAGUUAUUGAACCUCCUUCAAAUUUGAUUGCCACGGAAGUGUCAUCAAAAUACAUUAAACUAACUUGGAGUCCAUCUCCUAGCCCAGUGACUGGCUAUAAAGUCCUCCUUACACCAAUGACCGUCGGAAGCCGACAGCACGCACUGAGUGUGGGGCCUCAGACCACCGCACUCAGUGUUCGUGACCUUUCAGCAGACACAGAAUACCAGAUCAGUGUUUCUGCCAUGAAGGGACUGACAUCCAGUGAACCCGUUUCAAUAAUGGAGAAGACUCAGCCCAUGAAAGUUCAAGUGGAAUGCUCACGUGGUGUGGAUAUAAAAGCUGAUAUUGUGUUUUUGGUUGAUGGUUCUUAUAGCAUUGGGAUUGCAAACUUUGUUAAAGUUAGAGCCUUUCUGGAAGUUCUUGUAAAAAGUUUCGAGAUUUCACCAAAUAGGGUACAGAUAAGUCUUGUCCAGUACAGCCGGGAUCCUCAUACUGAGUUCACUUUGAAAAAAUUCAACAAAGUUGAAGAUAUAAUCGAAGCAAUAAACACCUUCCCCUACAGAGGAGGAUCUACAAACACUGGGAAAGCAAUGACUUAUGUCAGAGAGAAAAUAUUUGUGCCUAGCAAGGGUUCAAGAGGCAACGUACCAAAGGUCAUGAUUCUUAUCACUGAUGGGAAAUCUUCAGAUGCUUUCAGAGAUCCUGCUAUAAAACUAAGGAAUUCCGAUGUGGAAAUCUUUGCAGUUGGUGUGAAGGAUGCUGUUCGCUCAGAAUUAGAAGCUAUUGCCUCUCCUCCUGCUGAGACCCACGUGUUCACAGUGGAAGAUUUUGAUGCUUUUCAGAGAAUAUCUUUUGAACUCACACAGUCUAUUUGCCUUAGAAUUGAGCAAGAGUUGGCAGCUAUAAAGAAAAAAGCUUAUGUACCUCCAAAGGAUCUUAGUUUUUCUGAGGUGACUUCUUACAGUUUCAAAACGAACUGGUCUCCCGCUGGAGAAAAUGUUUUUUCAUACCACAUCACCUACAAGGAAGCUACCGGGGAUGAUGAGGUCACAGUGGUGGAGCCAGCAUCGAGCACCAGUGUCAUUCUCAACAACUUGAAGCCAGAGACCCUGUACUUAGUCAACGUAACUGCAGAGUAUGAGGAUGGUUUCAGCAUUCCCUUAGCUGGAGAAGAGACCACUGCGGAAGUAAAAGGAGCACCUCGAAACCUAAAGGUGACAGACGAAACUACAGACAGCUUUAAAAUUACCUGGACUCAAGCUCCAGGGAGAGUGUUAAGGUACCGAAUUAUAUAUAAACCAGUUGCUGGCGGAGAGAGCAAAGAAGUGACCACGCCUGCCAAUCAGAGGAGGAUAACACUCGAGAACCUGACUCCAGACACAAAAUAUGAAGUAUCUGUAAUUCCGGAAUAUUUCUCAGGACCUGGGUCUCCGCUGACUGGAAAUGCAGCCACUGAAGAAGUUAGAGGGAACCCAAGAGACUUAAGAGUUUCUGACCCCACAACAUCAACUAUGAAAUUGUCUUGGACUAGAGCACCGGGGAAAGUGAAACAGUAUCUCAUCACAUACACCCCAGCGGCAGGGGGUGAAACUCAAGAGGUUACUGUGACGGGAGACACAGACAGAACUGUGCUGAGAGGAUUAAACGAAGGGACACAAUACGCCUUAUCUGUGACAGCCUUGUAUGCAUCCGGGGCUGGAGAUGCCCUGUUUGGUGAAGGAGCAACGCUUGAAGAACGUGGUUCACCUAAGGAUUUAGUUACUAAAGAUAUCACCGACACAUCAAUUGGGGCUUAUUGGACAUCUGCUCCAGGAAUGGUUCGAGGUUACAGGGUUUCAUGGAAAUCGCUUUAUGACGAUAUUGAGACUGGAGAGAAAAGUCUUCCCAGAGAUGCAAUUCAUACUGUGAUAGAAAAUCUGCAGCCAGAGACCAAAUAUAAAGUUUCAGUAUUUGCAGUUUACAGCAGUGGAGAAGGAGAACCUUUGAAUGGAGAAGCCACGACUGAAUUAUCCCCAGAUUCAAAAACCUUGAAAGUGGAUGAAGAAACAGAAAACACAAUGAGAGUUACCUGGAAAGCAGCACCUGGGAAAGUCAUCAACUACCGUGUUGUGUAUCGCCCCCGUGGGGGAGGGAGACAAAUGGUUGCUAAAGUGCCACCCACAGUCACCUCAACAGUGUUAAAACGACUUCAGCCCCAGACCACAUAUGACAUUACAGUUCUCCCAAUAUACAAGACUGGAGAAGGAAAGCUUAGGCAAGGAUCAGGAACAACAGCUUCUCGGUUUAAAUCACCCAGAAACCUCAAAACAUCUGACCCAACCAUGUCAAGCUUCCGAGUGACUUGGGAGCCUGCCCCUGGGGAAGUAAAGGGUUAUAAAGUCACUUUCCACCCUACGGGGGAUGACAGAAGACUGGGGGAGUUAGUGGUUGGACCAUAUGACAAUACAGUUGUUUUGGAGGAACUUAGGGCAGGUACCACGUAUAAAGUAAAUGUUUUUGGAAUGUUCGAUGGAGGAGAGAGUUCACCCCUUGUUGGACAAGAAAUGACAACCCUUUCUGAUACAACUGUCAUGCCAAUUUUAUCCUCUGGAAUGGAGUGUCUCACCAGAGCGGAAGCAGACAUUGUGUUGCUGGUGGAUGGAUCAUGGAGCAUUGGCCGGGCAAAUUUUAGAACCGUGAGGAGUUUCAUUUCUCGCAUUGUGGAAGUCUUUGAAAUUGGUCCCAAAAGAGUACAAAUUGCCCUUGCUCAGUACAGUGGGGAUCCCAGAACAGAGUGGCAGUUAAAUGCUCACAGAGACAAGAAGAGCUUGUUGCAAGCAGUGGCAAACUUACCAUACAAAGGAGGCAAUACUCUCACAGGCAUGGCUUUGAAUUUCAUUCGUCAACAGAGCUUCAAGACCCAAGCUGGCAUGAGGCCUCGAGCUCGAAAAAUUGGUGUUCUCAUCACUGACGGAAAAUCACAAGAUGAUGUUGAGGCACCUUCAAAGAAACUCAAGGAUGAAGGCGUGGAGUUGUUUGCUAUUGGCAUUAAAAAUGCUGAUGAAGAUGAGUUAAAGAUGAUUGCGACGGAUCCUGAUGAUAUUCAUGCAUACAACGUGGCUGAUUUUGAGUCACUCUCUAGGAUUGUAGAUGACCUCACCAUUAACUUGUGUAACAGUGUCAAAGGUCCAGGUGACCUGGAAGCACCUUCUAACCUAGUUAUUUCUGAGCGAACCCAUCGUUCUCUUAGAGUGAGCUGGACACCUCCUGCUGACAGCGUGGACAGGUAUAAGGUGGAAUACUAUCCCGUUUCUGGAGGGAAACGUCAAGAAUUUUAUGUGAGCCGGCUGGAAAGUAGCACAGUACUGAAAGAUCUGAAGCCUGAAACGGAGUAUGUUGUUAAUGUGUAUUCUGUGGUAGAAGAUGAAUAUAGUGAGCCUCUGAAGGGCACAGAAAAAACUUUACCAGUCCCCGUGGUCAGCAUGAAUAUUUAUGAUAUUAGCCCUACCAGCAUGCAUGUGCAGUGGCAGCCAGUGGGAGGGGCUACUGGCUACACCGUGACAUACGAACCCACCAAUGCCACAGAACCAGCAAAACCGAAAGAGAUGCGUGUGGGGCCAACAGUGAACGACGUGCAGCUGACUGAUCUUUUUCCCAACACUGAGUAUGCAGUCACAGUGCAGGCUGCCUUGCACGACCUCACUAGUGAACCUGUCACUGCUCGGGAAGUCACCUUGCCUUUACCCAAACCUCGAGAUCUGAGACUCAGAGAUGUGACUCACAGCACCAUGAAUGUGUUUUGGGAACCCGUGCCUGGAAAAGUGCGUAAAUAUAUCGUUCGCUACAAAACACCAGAAGAGGAUGUCAAAGAGGUAGAAGUAGACAGGUCAAGGACCAGCACCCCUCUCAAAGACCUGCUCUCACAAACCCUGUACACAGUAGGGGUUUCUGCAGUAUAUGAUGAAGGGGAGUCUCCCCCGGUGACUGCUCAAGAAACUACCCGUACUGUGCCAGCACCAACAAACCUAAAGAUUACUGAAGUAACACCGGAGAGUUUCCGAGGGACUUGGGAUCAUGGAGCUUCAGAUGUGUCCCUGUACAGAAUAACCUGGGCACCUUUUGGAAGCUCAGACAAGAUGGAGACCAUCUUAAAUGGAGAUGAAAAUACUUUGGUGUUUGAAAACCUGAACCCGAACACUCUUUAUGAAGUUUCUGUUACUGCCAUAUAUCCUGAUGAGUCAGAAAGCGAUGACCUGACUGGCAGUGAGCGCACACCACGUUUGAUACCCUUAACAACACAAGCUCCAAAAAGUGGCCCACGAAACCUUCAAGUGUACAAUGCAACAUCUAACAGCUUGACUGUUAAGUGGGAUCCCGCUAGUGGUCGUGUGCAGAAAUACAGAAUUACUUACCAGCCUUCAACAGGAGAAGGCAAUGAACAAACGACCACAAUAGGGGGACGGCAGAACAGUGUGGUCCUGCAGAAACUGAAGCCUGACACUCCUUACACGAUCACUGUGUCCUCCCUGUAUCCUGACGGUGAAGGAGGUCGGAUGACAGGAAGAGGCAAGACCAAACCUCUGAAUACUGUGAGGAACCUCAGAGUAUAUGACCCUUCUACCAGCACCUUGAAUGUUCGCUGGGACCACGCAGAGGGAAACCCUCGUCAGUACAAGCUCUUCUACGCACCAACAGCAGGUGGUCCAGAGGAACUGGUACCAAUCCCUGGGAAUACGAAUUAUGCCAUUCUUAGGAAUCUGCAGCCAGAUACCCCAUAUACUGUUACAGUAGUUCCUGUUUAUACUGAAGGAGAUGGAGGACGCACAUCAGAUACCGGAAGGACAUUGGUGAGAGGGCUGGCAAGGAAUGUCCAAGUGUACAAUCCCACGCCAAACAGCCUAGACGUCCGCUGGGACCCUGCGCCGGGGCCCGUGCAGCAGUAUCGCAUCGUGUAUUCUCCUGUGGCUGGCACAAGACCGUCGGAGUCUAUGGUGGUGCCAGGGAAUACCCGCACGGUGCACCUGGAGCGGCUGAUUCCGGACACACCCUAUUCUGUGAACAUUGUAGCUCUCUACUCCGAUGGAGAGGGAAAUCCCAGCCCUGGCCAGGGCCGAACGCUACCACGAAGUGGACCAAGAAAUAUGAGAGUCUUUGGGGAGACAACCAAUAGCCUCUCUGUAGCCUGGGAUCAUGCUGAUGGGCCGGUUCAGCAAUACAGGAUCAUUUAUUCUCCCACUGUUGGAGAUCCAAUUGAUGAAUAUACCACAGUCCCAGGCAGAAGAAAUAAUGUAAUGUUGCAACCCCUGCAGUCUGAUACUCCAUAUAAAAUUACUGUUAUUGCUGUUUAUGAAGAUGGAGACGGUGGCCAUCUAACAGGAAAUGGAAGAACUGUGGGACUGCUUCCACCUCAAAACAUACACAUCUCUGAUGAAUGGUAUACGAGAUUCAGAGUAUCCUGGGACCCUUCACCCUCUCCGGUUCUUGGAUAUAAAAUUGUGUAUAAGCCAGUGGGUUCCAAUGAGCCCAUGGAAGUUUUUGUUGGAGAAAUGACAUCAUACACAUUACACAAUCUCAAUCCCAGCACCACCUAUGAUGUGGAUGUUUAUGCUCAGUAUGAUUCUGGACUCAGUGUCCCCCUGACGGAUCAAGGCACUACAUUGUAUUUAAAUGUGACAGAUCUGAAAACUUACCAGGUCGGGUGGGAUACGUUCUGUGUUAGAUGGUCACCUCACCGGGCAGCCACCUCCUACAGGCUAAAACUAAGCCCUGCAGAUGGAACCAGAGGACAAGAAAUUACAGUGCGUGGAUCGGAAACCAGUCACUGCUUCACUGGUCUUUCACCAGAAACUGAUUAUGGUGUCACUGUUUUUGUGCAGACACCAAAUCUUGAGGGACCUGGAGUCUCUGUCAAAGAACAUACCACUGUGAAGCCAACAGAAGCCCCUACGGAGCCUCCCACACCUCCUCCCCCUCCCACAAUUCCACCAGCCCGGGAAGUAUGCAAAGGGGCCAAGGCAGAUAUUGUAUUCUUGACUGAUGCCUCCUGGAGUAUCGGGGAUGACAAUUUUAACAAAGUUGUAAAAUUCAUCUUCAAUACUGUGGGAGCCUUUGAUGAAAUCAGUCCUGCUGGAAUUCAGGUCUCAUUUGUGCAGUACAGUGACGAGGUCAAGUCUGAGUUCAAGUUGAACACGUACAAUGACAAGGCCCAAGCCCUUGGGGCCCUCCAGAAUAUUAGGUACAGAGGAGGAAACACAAGAACAGGCAAAGCUCUCACGUUUAUCAAGGAGAAGGUCUUGACCUGGGAGAGCGGCAUGAGGAAGAAUGUCCCCAAGGUGCUGGUUGUGGUCACAGAUGGUCGGUCACAGGAUGAGGUCAAGAAGGCAGCUCUGGUCAUCCAGCAGUCGGGGUUCAGUGUCUUUGUAGUCGGUGUGGCUGACGUUGACUACAAUGAGCUCGCUAACAUUGCCAGCAAACCGAGUGAACGGCACGUGUUCAUUGUGGAUGACUUUGAAUCUUUUGAGAAGAUUGAGGACAACCUUAUCACGUUUGUCUGUGAGACUGCCACUUCAAGUUGUCCUCUCAUUUAUUUGGACGGCUACACCUCACCCGGUUUUAAGAUGCUUGAAGCAUACAACCUGACAGAAAAGAAUUUUGCUUCCGUACCAGGAGUCUCUUUGGAGUCUGGGUCUUUCCCCAGCUACUCAGCAUACAAACUUCAGAAGAAUGCGUUUGUGAAUCAGCCUACAGCAGAUCUACACCCAAAUGGACUUCCUUCUUCAUAUACAAUUAUAUUAUUGUUCAGACUUCUCCCAGAAACUCCCAGUGACCCUUUUGCAAUUUGGCAAAUCACAGAUAGAGACUAUAAACCACAAGUUGGAGUAAUUGCAGAUCCUUCUAGCAAGACAUUAUCGUUCUUUAACAAGGAUACAAGAGGUGAAGUGCAAACUGUUACAUUUGACACAGAUGAAGUGAAGACAUUAUUUUAUGGCAGUUUUCACAAGGUUCAUAUUGUAGUGACCUCAAAAAGUGUUAAGAUUUACAUCGACUGCUAUGAAAUUAUAGAAAAAGACAUCAAGGAAGCUGGAAAUAUCACAACUGAUGGUUAUGAAAUUCUUGGAAAACUUCUUAAAGGGGAGAGGAAAUCAGCUACAUUCCAAAUCCAGAGUUUUGAUAUUGUAUGCAGUCCGGUGUGGACCAGUAGAGACAGAUGCUGUGAUAUUCCCUCUAGGAGAGAUGAAGCAAAAUGCCCUGCUCUUCCCAAUGCUUGUACAUGUACACAGGACAGUGUUGGACCUCCAGGUCCACCAGGCCCUGCGGGAGGACCUGGUGCUAAAGGUCCCAGAGGUGAAAGAGGUAUCAGUGGGGCAGUUGGGCCCCCUGGCCCUCGUGGAGAUACAGGUCCUCCAGGCCCCCAGGGUCCCCCAGGCCCCCAGGGACCCAACGGACUCUCCAUUCCGGGAGAACAAGGUCGCCAAGGGAUGAAAGGUGAUGCUGGAGAGCCAGGACUUCCCGGCCGGACCGGAACCCCAGGAUUACCUGGCCCACCAGGACCAAUGGGACCUCCAGGAGAUAGAGGCUUUACUGGAAAAGAUGGUGCAAUGGGACCCAGGGGACCCCCUGGGCCACCGGGAAGCCCAGGCUCUCCAGGAGUCACAGGACCUAGUGGGAAACCAGGAAAACCUGGAGACCAUGGCAGACCAGGUCCAUCUGGAUUGAAAGGAGAGAAGGGCGAUAGAGGAGACAUUGCUUCCCAGAACAUGAUGCGAGCAGUUGCAAGACAAGUCUGUGAACAAUUGAUAAGUGGUCAGAUGAGCAGAUUCAAUCAGAUGCUGAAUCAGAUUCCAAAUGAUUAUCACUCCAAUCGCAACCAACCAGGCCCACCGGGUCCCCCAGGCCCUCCUGGCAGUGCAGGAGCCAGAGGAGAACCGGGACCUGGGGGGCGACCAGGCUUCCCUGGCACACCAGGGAUGCAGGGGCCCCCGGGUGAACGAGGUUUGCCGGGAGAGAAGGGUGAAAGGGGUAUUGGAUCUCUGGGACCUCGAGGGCCGCCUGGCCCCCCAGGUCCACAAGGAGAAUCCAGAACGGGUCCACCAGGGUCCACAGGUUCAAGAGGUCCUCCUGGCCCCCCAGGUCGUCCUGGAAACUCAGGUAUCCGAGGCCCCCCAGGUCCUCCUGGAUACUGUGAUUCAUCCCAGUGUGCCAGCAUCCCAUACAAUGGGCAAGGCUAUCCAGAGCCGUACGUGCCCGAGGGCGGGGCCUACCUGCCCGAGCGGGAGCCCUUCAUCGUGCCGGUGGAGCCCGAGCGGACGGCGGACGAGUACGAGGACUACGGCGCCGACGAGCCUGGCGACGAGGAUCCUCCCCACGCGCGCUGGCGGCGCGCCCUGCCCCGCGGCCCUGGGCAGUGA